AUGCGAUAUCGCUCGAUUUUGGAGCGCGACGAGGACGAUUGGCCCGGCGAGAACACCCCACUGAUGGGUGAAGUUGUAAUCGACGACGACGUGCAUUUAUUGCCCAACAACAGCACCAGCUCUGCACAUCGGAGUUUGUUCAAGCAGGUGCAAAGGAUGUUUCGGUAUGUUUUUCUGGUUUUUUUUUUUGGUUUUUAGGUGUUGUAAAAUGAAGGUAGAUGAUACUGAAAGGGUCUGGGCAUUGAAAAAAUGCGGUGUCAUCAGUCGUGAGCUUGGAAUAGCUUAUAUUGACCAGAUAUAGUUAUAGGCAUGAGUUAAGUUUUAAUAACAAUUUUAUAGAAUCUUAUUGAAAUUGGAUCUUUUUUAUAUAAAGAAUAGAUAAAUAACAUAUUUUUUAUUUAAGACAUUGAAGUUAAACACAUUGGGACAUGAAAAUGCUAAAUAUGUGUUACAUAUAAUAUCUAUGAUAAUAUAAAAGUUAACACAAAUCGAUGAAGCAGUAACAUAUUUAUGUGAUAUAGGUUUUUGUGUGGUUUUCAACGUGCUGUAAUUAAAUUUAAACUAUUUUUAAUUUAUAAAAAAAAGUUUAGAAACGCUUCUUUUCAUUAGCAUACCUUGCGGACAAUAAAAAUGUCAGUUCCAAAACGAAAUGACGAAUAAAAACAGAAAAAGAAACUAAAAAUAAAAGGUUUCAUUCAAAUGUUAAGAAAAGGUGAAUGCGCGCAAAAUCGAGCAACAUUACUCUUGAUCUUCACCUCAAGAUUUUAUCAAAAAUUUUUUCAUUUUUGAUUUUCUUGCGUCUCGUUUUCGAGGAUUGAUUUUUUUUGUAUAAUCCGAUUAGAGUUUGAGGUAUUUUUGUAUAUUAACGAAUCGAGUAGGGAAAUCCACAACAUUUUUCGGCUCGAAAAAUGGGCAAAAAUAAAAUUCCGAAAGUAAUUCGGAAUUGUCGUAAGAACGCUUUGAAUUUGGGGGAAGACGGCAAAAGUUUAGGUUAGAACGAAAAUUAUGAUGCUUGUAGAGAGGAAGAGUUUUUCGUUUGCUCUAGAUGACUUUCUAUUUGCUAUCGAUGGUUUCUCACUUGUUUUAGCUAGCAAUGUCGCAUCUGCAAGUCAUUUUGUUUUUAAAAAAGCUUAGAACGCAAAAUUUUAAUUUAUAAAUUAGAAACAGUUGUGGUAAGGUUAAGAAAAGUUACUUUUUUAUUUAUAUUUUAAUUUUAAAUAUAAUUUGUCACUUCUAAAAACCUUGCUUUAGGUGUUGUCGUAGCAUGUUUCAACGGCGACGGCCGUUGCAUUCGCGCACUCUGCGGAUUGGCCACGGCCCAAUAAACUCGCAUGGCCAUAGUUUUCCACGCAAUGUGGUGUGCAAUCAAAAGUACAACAUCUUCACAUUCGUACCGCUGGUCCUGUUUCAACAGUUCAAGUUCUUUUUGAAUUUGUACUUCUUGCUAAUGGCAUGCUCGCAGUUCAUUCCGGCCAUUCAAAUUGGAGCACCCAUUACCUAUUGGGGACCUUUGGUAAGGUCUUGGAUUUUUAAAAAUUGUUGUUUUUGUUUUUAAAGAUCAGGUUUUUUGGAAUUUUAAAAACGAAAGAAUGAUUUUUCCUAAUUUUCGCUAAUUUAAAAUUAACAAAAAUUUAAAAUAUCAUAAAAACAUUUUUAUUGAAUUUUUAGGUAACGUACUUUAUCAUGUUUUUUUAAAAUUUUUGGUAAUAAAAUAGUUUUCCGUAAAAACAAGACAAUUUUCAGGGAUUUGUGUUGACGAUAACGUUGAUUCGAGAAGCGUUUGACGAUUUUGUUCGGUUCCUUAGAGAUCGUGAAUUGAAUGGUGAGAAGUAUGAAAAAUUGACAAAAGAUGGCCGAGUUGAUGUGGAAAGCGCGUAUGUUACGUAUUUAUUGUCUUUUAGAUCUUAAGUUUUUUUUUUUGAAAAAUUUAACUUUUUCUUAAUUUGGAUAUUAAAUUUUUUAAAGUUCUAUGGAAUUUUUAAAAACCGUAUCAAUAUUUAAAUUUUUUUUAGUGACAUUGAAGUUGGAGAUCUGAUAGUAAUUGAAAAGGACCGCCGAAUUCCAGCUGAUGUGGUGUUAGUGAGGACAACAGAGAAGUCAGGAGCUUGCUUUAUAAGAACUGAUCAAUUGGACGGUGAAACUGAUUGGAAGCUAAGAAUUGCCAUGCCUUGUACUCAGAAUUUGACUGAUGAAAUGGUGCGUUAUUUUUUUUGUUUUUAGGUAUAAAAGCAAUUUGAAGUUAAAAUCUGUUAUUCAGUGGAGUAGCUACAGAUCUUUUGCAUAGACCUUUCACUUGAGCGCAAAUAAAUGAAAAUUUGAAUUCUCAUACCUACAUUUUAGGACAUUCUCCGCCAAAACUGCGUGGUCUACGCCGAAUUGCCUCAAAAAGACAUACACACAUUUCUGGGUAACUACAAGAUCUACUUUGAGGAUUGCUCUCAAGAUGGAAGUCUCAGCGCGGAAAAUGUUCUCUGGGCCAACACCGUUCUAGCUAGUGGUACCGCCAUAGGACUUGUAGUCUACACUGGUCAUGAAACAAGGUCCGUCAUGAACAACACACUGCCCGAGAGCAAAGUUGGUCUACUGGAUAUUGAAGUAAACAAUCUGACGAAGAUCUUGUUUACCUUUGUCAUCUUACUCGCAGCUUCAAUGGUUGUCAUGAAAGGCAUCGAUGCCAACUGGUAUCGCUACUUGAUGCGAUUUGUACUACUCUUCUCGUAUAUUAUUCCAAUUUCAUUGAGAGUCAAUCUGGACAUGGCAAAACUGUUUUAUUCGUGGCAAAUCGGCAGAGACAAACGAAUCCCUGGCACGGUAGUACGAUCAAGUACCAUUCCCGAGGAGCUGGGCAGAAUAUCGUAUUUACUAUCGGAUAAAACUGGAACAUUGACGAUGAAUCAGAUGAGAUUUAAGAAGAUCCAUUUGGGCACAGUCAGCUUUGGAUGUGACGCGUUUUCCGAUGUCUCCACUCAUAUCAGCAGUGCUUAUGCAGGAAAAUUGGCCAAAAAUUCGUUUUCAGUGAAGUUGCAGACGGCUAUUGAAGCAAUUGCGCUGUGCCACAAUGUUACACCGAUUAUCGAGAAUGGACAAUUGAGUUAUCAGGCUGCGAGCCCGGAUGAGGUAGGAUUUUGCUGGGGUACAAUUUUUUAUAGCUCAAAAUUUUGAUGUUUUUAGGUAAUAGAUGUAUUUUGAUUAGUAAAGCACUGUUUUUACAUAUUGUUUGCACAAAAAAUAAAUUUUUGAUGUUUUAGGUAGCCCUAGUACAAUGGACCGAACAAGUUGGAGUAAAGUUGGCUCAUCGUGACUUGACUUCAAUGCAGCUUCUACUGACCAAUGGAAUGACAAAAAGCUUUCAGAUCUUACAUUUGUUUCCAUUCACUUCGGAAACUAAACGGAUGGGAAUUAUCAUAAAGGUUGGGACUUUAAAAAAUGAUUCUUCACUUUAUUUCUAUAUAAUUUUAAAAAUUUUUGAGGGUUUUGACUCUAAUUUUAUCACCUACUUUUUGUGUUAUGCCUCAUUUAAGAUCUGAAAAUUUAUAGGACGAAACGACCGACGAAAUCUCGUUUAUAAUGAAAGGAGCCGAUACAGUCAUGUCUCAAAUGGUCAUGUACAAUGACUGGUUGGACGAAGAGUGCUCAAACAUGGCCAGAGAAGGACUGCGCACUCUGGUUGUGGCCAAAAAGACGUUAAGUCAAGAACAGUUAAAUGAAUUUGAAAAACAGUAUCAUCAAGCUAAAUUGACUAUCAAGGACAGAGCAGAAAAUAUGGCAGCGGUCGUCCAUAAGUUGGAAACUGACCUGCAUUUACUUUGUUUGACUGGGGUUGAAGAUAGGCUACAGGUAAGUGCAGGAUUUUAGUUAUUGAAAGCAAAAGUUUGAAGCUAAACUUGCUAAAAUUAAUUUUUUUCGAAAAGGCAUUGUCUAUAUGCCAUUCUUUUCAGGACGAAGUAACAACCUCUUUGGAACUGCUCCGUAACGCCGGCAUCAAGGUGUGGAUGUUAACUGGUGACAAACUGGAAACAGCUAUUUGUAUCGCCAAAUCUUCUGGAUUAUUCUCCAAAUCUGACAACAUUCAUGUGUUUGGCAAUGUAACCGACCGUAUCAAAGCUCACAACGAACUAAACGCAUUGAGAAAGAAGAACGAUGUCGCAUUGGUGAUGUCAGGCUCAGCACUAAACGUAUGUCUGCAAUACUACGAAGCCGAGGUUGCCGAGUUGGUUUGCAACUGUUCAGCCGUCGUAUGUUGUCGUUGUUCACCAGAGCAGAAAGCACAAAUUGUAAAUUUGCUGAGGAAGUACAGGAAACCAUUGAGGGUGGCUGCUAUUGGCGAUGGAGGUAACGAUGUUUCUAUGAUUCAAGCUGCUCAUGCUGGUAUUGGUAUCGAUGCUCAUGAAGGUAGGCAUUUGUUUCCAAAUUGUCUUCUAGGGAGCAUGAAGCAAUUAUAGAGAACUUGUUGGUGUAUAUUGAUUUGUUUUAUUAAAUUAUUUGUUACAUUUUUUAAGGAAAUUUAUCUUAUUGUUGCCUAAACUUCUAAAAAAUGCUUUUUUAAUUUCAGGAAAACAAGCUUCAUUGGCCGCCGACUUCUCGAUCACUCAAUUCAGCCACAUUUGCCGCCUUCUCUUAGUUCAUGGUCGAUUCUGCUAUAAAAGAAGCUGCGCCUUGUCACAAUUUGUCAUGCAUAGAGGUCUUAUCAUAUCGACAAUGCAAGCCAUCUUCUCCUGUGUAUUCUAUUUUGCUUCCGUUUCGUUAUAUCAAGGUGUUUUGAUGGUCGCGUAAGUUUUUUUUAUUUAAAAGAGGUAGAAAAUAGGCUUUAAAAUCAAAUCUGACGUUUGAUUUAUGUGAAUAUUGAUUUAUCAAAAGUUUGAUUUUAGGUACUCUACGGCCUAUACCAUGUUACCAGUGUUCUCAUUAGUCGUUGACAGAGAUGUCACAGCGGAAAAUGCCCUAACAUACCCAGAAUUGUACAAAGAACUUGGGAAGGGACGGUCGUUGUCUUACAAAACGUUCUGUAUAUGGGUAUUGAUCAGUAUUUAUCAAGGUAAAAUUUUUUAAACGUUAGGCUAUUUUAAAUAUGAAAGUUGAUCCUUCUAUCUUUAUUCAAGGAUCGAUUAUCAUGUACGGAGCGCUGGUAGCCUUUGAUUCCGACUUUAUCCAUGUUGUCUCGAUCUCCUUCUCGGCCCUCAUCGUCACCGAACUCAUCAUGGUCGCAAUGACCGUCCACACCUGGCACUGGGCCAUGCUCGUAGCCCAAGCUUUGUCUUUGGCCCUAUAUGGAGCAUCACUACUAAUCCUGGACAAGUUCUUCGACCGACAGUUCGUCUUAUCAUGGGUGUUCAUCACCAAAACCACGGCAAUCACUCUGAUUUCAUGCGCGCCGUUGUACGUGAUCAAGUUUUUGAGAAGGAAAUUCUCACCUCCGUCGUAUGCCAAAGUAAACUAA